AGUUGCACUCAAACGUUCUUCCGGAAGUAAUUAGUUGACUCGUCUCACGCUCGUAAGUGGACAUGUUGCGGAAUGUUUGGGGUCGAAUUUUGACAGAGUCGGUUUUUGUUCAACGUAACGUUGGAUACACGCCUUCAAUUAUUCAGGCAGCUGUGUCUGCUUUGACGUCAGUGAGGAACUACUCGGAUGUGAAGGACGAAACGCAGCAGGCGUUUGACACGUCCCUGCUGGAGUUCUUGGUCUGUCCACUGUCCAAGAAGCCACUCAGGUUUGAAGCCACGACCAACGAGCUGAUCAACGACGAGCUUGGUAUCGCAUACCCCAUCAGAGACGGAAUCCCCAACAUGAUCCCACAGGAAGCCAGACUCGUACAGGAAGACUCAAACCCACCGGCACAAGGAUAGAAUUCCCCAUCGAUCUUGCAUCCU